AUGUCUGGGAAUGUGCAUUCCUCAUCACGGCUUGAUGCCAAUCAGACAACUUGUGCUGCUUGCGUGCUACAACUACUUACUUACGCCUGGCGCGUCCCGCAAGUGACCAUGAGUGAUGGAGAACUCGACGAUCUUUACGCCGAAGUCUGGGAAUCUUUCGCGCCUACUCCGAACAGCACCAAGAGCGACGAUUACCCUAUGACAGCCACAUUAGAUUCACCUCUACUGCCGGAUGAGGGACGGACAACUUAUACCCAUGGUCGACUACCGGUGUUCAACGCAAGUCCCAGCGGUCCCGCUCCCCCCUCGCCUUCGAGAAAUUCGAGUGCCAGCUCCCGUCCUCCGCGGCCGCUUCCCAAGCCGCCUGGAGCCAUAUCUACGCCCCCUAUUCCUCAAUAUCAGACGCAAGUGCCAUCCGAAGCUCCACAGCGGCCUUCACUGCCGAUGUAUCCGAGCGCCGAUGCAUACAAGCCAUUUGGCGGUCCCAUCCUCGAGGCACCUUACCUGGAAUCCCCAGCCGCUCAAAUCACCAGCUCUACGUCGUCAUUGGAAUACUGGGAAAAUCCUGUUUCCGCAGCUGAAGUUUUCCGGCCGAUGUCCACACCCUUGAUUGUGCCGCCACCGCCGCCGCCGCUACCGCCUCCUCCCGGCGCGAUGUCGCCUGCUCCUCGCUAUCCAGCCGAGAACAACAGCAUUGAAGGGCCGAUGAGGAAUGGAGGAUCACCGGUUCCGCAAGUCUACCAUCCCGUGUCCCACGGCAUUCCCAAUGGAUAUACCGCAAGGGAUGGGGAUUUAGAGAACGAUCUGUAUCGCUACACGCAUGCGGACCGGGACGAUCCCUUCUUCUCAUUCGGCGAAUCGUCCAGCAAUGUCGCAGGACCCAGUAACAUCUCGCGCAGUCCCACAGGUCUCCUACAAGCCAUCUCCAACUACAACGAGAAUGAGCGUACGCCUUACGAUGGGCAUGAAGAUGCGACGGAGGAAGGGUACUGGGAAGAAGACGAGGAAGAAGACGAAUCGAGAUUCAUCAACUUCUCCCUGCUCUCGCACAUGGCAGUCCAGUUUCGGGAUAAGGUGCCUCGGGGGACGCACGUCAAGGGGAGCAUCCCAUAUCCCAAUGCGUUUACGGGCAAGGAUAUUGUGAGUACCAUCCAAGCACAAAUACAACGGGAUUUGGCGAUCAAUCACGGGAUCUCGACCAACGACCGUCGGGCAGCGCUCCAAGUAGCCCGCAGUCUGCAAACACAACUGUUCUUCUACGAAGUCGAAUGGGGCGGGCGCGUACUGCAGGAUGGAGUCGAGGACGUCUACAUGUUCUUGGAUGACUUUGAGGGUCUGUCGGACAUGACGCCCGACCGCGAGGAACUCCCCACCGCAGUGAUCACGAUGUUGACCAAGUGCUACUCGCCCAGCUGUGGCGAAGGCACUGCGUGUUAUUCUUUCUCGUGUCCGACCAGGGGCAAUUCGAUCAUCAUGCAGAUUCCGGGGCCUGCGGAAGCGCCACUGGGUGGAACGAGGGAAGCGUGGAUCAAGACCGUCCCUCCCGAAGUCCUCAGCUCUCUCCCGGAGAGUGAAAUCAAUCGCCAGACCAUCAUCCACAAACUGAUCAACAAAGAGGAACAAUAUCUACUAGAUCUCGAUACCGUGGAAUCACUCUUCAUCCGGCCCCUGCGAGCAGCCAACCCUCCGAUCAUCCCGCAGGCAAGCUGGAAGACUUCCUUGACGAGGCGUUUGUUAGAAGUCAUCUAUGUCCGGCAGCGGGAGCAGGCGCCUGUCAUCCAACGCAUCGGGGAUAUCUUUCUUGACGCCGCGACCGAGUUCAGGCUGGCUUAUCCCAUCUACGUCGGCCAUCAUCCGCUCUCCGAGAAGAGACUGAAGGAGGAGCUCGAUCAGAACCCCCAGUUCAGGUUGUUCGUCGAGAGAUGUUCUCGGAACACGGCCCGGUCCGGGGCACGCAUGGAUCUCAAGCACUUCUUGAACAGGCCAUCGGAGCAUCUGCAGAAAUACCCUGUGCUGCUGGAUGCCAUAUACCGCGAGACCGACCUGGGGAACCCAGACGCGGAAUACCUCCAGGAAGCCAUCCUCGCUAUCAAGAAUCUGCAGAGUGUGGCCCAGUUGCGCACUUUCCAGACUGCCAUGGGAAAGGGGACGCCUGGGAAAUGGGAGUGGCACGAUCUGGUCUCCCCGGAAAUCAGACAGGGAUUGCGCAGGGAGGAAACUAAGCGGCAAUCGAUCAUAUUCGAGCUGAUCAAGGGCGAAAUGUCGUAUGUCAAGGAUCUUGAGAACAUCGAAGUGGUCAGUGAUGCGAUCCUGACGAGCAUGGAUGCUCAUUCGGUGCAGAUGUAUAUUCGCCCGCUCAAAACAUCGAAUCCGCCGAUUGUGCCGACGGACCGACUAGAUCAGUUUAUUAAAGAUGUCUUCCACAACUACACUCACCUGCUGACCCAUCACCGCAACCUCGUCGACCAACUGCACCGCAUCCAGUGUGAGCAACACCCGAGGAUCCGCAGUAUCACAGAGCCCGUCCUAGACGCCGCGCUGAACUUCAGGGAUGCAUAUCUGGACUACAUCCCCAACUAUCCCAUUGCGGCCUAUCGCAUCGACGACGAGAUGGGCAACAACCCGUCGUUCCGGUCGUUUGUCGAAGUCACGACGCGGCAUCCCGAUGCGCAUCGACUGGACAUGAAGAGCUUCAUCAACCGACCUAUCCCCCGACUACUCCGCUAUGAAUUACUUCUCAGAGGUAUCCUGGAGGAGACACCGCCGGACCACAGCGACCGGCAGUCUAUCCCGCAAUUGCUCGAGAUCAUCAAGUCGAUCGGGAAGGAAAGCGAGCCAGGAGUGACCUCUGCGAAACAGAAAGUCGAGUUGUGGCGAUACAACUCGAACAUCACUUUCAAAGCAGGCGAAUGGAUUGUGUGUCGUCCCCAGCUAUCGUUUUUGCAGACAGAUGUUGAUUACGUGCAGGACAUGGAUCUGCUCGACGAGCGUAGAUUCUUGAUCUACUCGGGCAAAUUGUUGCGCCAACCGGAAAGCGGCAGGGCAUGGAACGAAGUCUUUGUCCUACUCUUCGACAAUUAUCUGGUGAUGACCAAGCCGAAGGAGAAAGACGGCGUGACGAAGUACAGUGUUGUCAAGCGUCCGAUCCCCCUCGAUCUACUCACGCUGGUGAACUUCAACGACCCACCGACGCAACGCAGCGCCGGUCUGCUUCGCAAUCUUCGCGGGGACCGGACCGGGGCCGACGGAGCAGCUCCAGCUGAGGGACCCGUCGACUCGCGUUCGGUGUACCCUUGCACGAUCCAUCACACAGCCCGUGUCGGCGGCUCGCAUCUGCUGUACGCCGAAUCAGCCCAAGCGCGGUCCGACUGGAAGCAGAAGCUGGACGAAGCGCUCGGUCUCAGAGCGGCUGUCCAGGACUCCAACAAGGUCUUUGAGAUCGAGACGCUGAGCGCAGAAACAUUCUUGGUCCCGUCUCUUGCGACACCGGCUACUGCUCCAGCAUAUCACGAAAACUCGUUGACCGGAAAAGUCACUUGCUCUGUUCCGUUCAACACCCCGGAUGGUCGAGGACUUGUCGCCAUCGGCUGCGCAGAAGGUGUUUGGAUCGGCUUUCGCCACGACUCUCGAUCGAUGCGACGUGUCCUCCAUCUUAAAAUGGUGACCCAAUGCGCGAUGCUGGAAGACUUUGGGAUCUUCUUGGUCCUCGCGGACAAGUCUCUGUUUGCGUAUCACAUCGAGGCCCUGGUCCCGUCCUCGCCGUCGAGCGCCAGCGCGAGUCAGACUCCGCAGAAGCUGAACGGGAAUGUGCAGUUCUUCAGCGUGGGCAGUCUGAUGGGACGGACGCUGGUGAUCUUCAUGAAGCGCAAGAAUCUGGACAGCAUCUUCCACGUCGUCGAGCCCAUCAUCGACAAGAUCAACGAGCGCCCGAAGGCGCCGAACGGGCUCGGAAGUCGCUUCGGGUUUCGGCAACCCAAGGCUGAUUGGUUUCGAAGCUACCGGGAUUUCUUCCUCCCUUCCGAGUCAUAUGACAUUAUGUUCCUGAAGGCCAGAAUUGCCAUUCUGUGCACCAAGGGCUUCGAAAUCAUGGAUCUCAACGACUUCAAAAGCGUGACGAUCCCCCAGCGUGACGACCCGAAGCUGGCUGCUCUGGCCAAGCGAUGUGACGCAUGCCGGCCGCUGGGGAUGUUCAGGUCCAACGAUGAAGAGUUCCUGUUGUGUUACACGGAGUUCGGUCUCUAUGUCAACAAACACGGCGAUCCCAGCCCAUCACGGCCGAUGACAACAGUGGAAUGGGAAGGCAAGCGCCGAGCAGCACGCACGGCUGAGCGCGUCGCGUUCCAUCCGCCGUACAUCCUCCUGUUUGACACGCGCUUCAUCGAGAUCCGCGACGUCGAGACGGGCCGGCUUGCGCAAAUCAUCCAGGGCAAUGACGUCAGGUGCAUCUGGGAUGGCCAGGGCCAGAAUGCAGUCACGCACGAGCAGGCGCUCGCAGACCACCGCAACGGGGUCCAGCAAGAGGCGCGGGUGCAUGCCGUGAUGAAUGUGCCCGAGCCGGCGCCGCAGCCCGGUGCGCCCCGUUUCGGGCCGAGGGCUGUCGCGCAGCACGUCUUUGAGCUGCUGCCGACGGUCGCCCUGUACCUGCCCGGGUCCCUCGCGAGCCCGAGCAGCACGACAUACUUCAGCUCGUCGUCGCCGCCGCGCUCGCCGCAGCUGCGGCCGAACUACCGCUGACUGUGGGCAUCCCGAGAAGGCCUCUGAUAGCCGUGCAUGCCAUUGUGUCCGAGCUUAUCUUCCAUUUGUACACCAUCUCACACAACACUGUUUUCUGCCCGGGAUCAGCCCCUAAGGAACAGCCAAAUGGAUAAACGGAUUCGCCUGACUGCUUCCACUCCUGUGACCGUUUGAUGUGGACAGGGGCCAAGAAGCGCCAGUGCGUCGGCAGGGUAGCCAUAUUAGCGAGCUUAUAAGUAGUCUCCGCCCGCCCUCCGGCUGUUUUUUCCCAUUCAUUCGAUAGGGAGUCGAAGAUGUUGACCCGGACACUCGCUUUCACUACGCUCCUUGCCUCGGUCUCUGCUACUCUCAUCACAAAUGACGCGUCCGUAGUCGCUGGAAAGAAAUUCGACUAUGUCAUUGCUGGUGGAGGAUUGUCGGGGAUCGUCGUCGGCACCAAGCUGAGCGCCAAGGGACACUCGGUCCUGAUGGUCGAAGCGGGCAAGAACCUUCCCGACAACCCCGCGAUCUACAACGCGGAGCUGCGCGGCCACCUGAAGGACGACCCCGCCACGGACUGCAACUGGCACUACACCGCCAGCGCAGACAACGGAACGGCGCUCCCCGUCUUGAUCGACUCGGGCAAGUGUGUCGGGGGCUCGUCUUCCAUCAACGGCAUGGUCUGGUACAGGCCCACGGCCGCAGAGCUCGACGCGCUCGAGACUCUGGGCAACCCCGGCUGGAACGCCAAGUCCCUCUAUCCCUAUAUGACCGCCAUUGAGCACAACAUCCCGCCCACGGCCGCGCAGCGCGCCGACGGCGCCAACCUCGUCCCCGCGGUGCACGGCUUCAACGGCCUCGUCAACGUGUCGUUCCCCGUCCCGAUGCGUAUCCCGGAGGGCCAGGACAUCUACAAGGCCGCGCUCGCGCUCGUGUUUGGGAUCCAGGACAGCCCGGACCUGAGCUUCCGAAACGGCAGCAUCUCCGCGUCCACGUCAUGGACGAUCUGGUGGGACCCUGUCGCGAAAAUCACGCGUCGCGCGUCGGCCGCCUACUCCCUGCUCUACCCCCAGUCCCAGCAGCGCAAGAGCCUCAUCGUGCUGACCGAGCACAAGGUCGCGCGCGUGCUCUUCAAGGGCACCAAGGCCACGGGCAUGGAGUUCGGCCCGACGGACGGCGGAAAGCUGGUGUCUGUCGGCGCCAAGCGCGAGGUCAUCCUGGCUGCUGGAAGUCUGGCGACCCCUGCCAUCCUGGAGCGAUCGGGUGUCGGUAACGCUACGUUCCUCAAGUCCAUGGGCAUCGAGCCGGUCGUCGACCUCCCCGGUGUCGGCCUCAACCUCCAGGACCAGCCCGGUACCGGUCUCUCGGCCCUGGUCGACAAUGUCAACGCGACCAACACCGAGCUCAUCGACAACCGCAACAUCUUCGCCCCGGUCAUCACCCUGCUCAACAUCGACCAGCUCUUCGGCGCGAGGGCCAGCAACAUCUCUGCUGAUCUCCAGUGCCAGGUCAAGAAGCGUGCCGAGGAUGCCAUCGCCAGCGGCUCCGAAGUCAACCUGCGCGGCGCGCUCGAGCUCUUCAGCGUCGUCACCGAUCUCAUCACCAAGGCCAAGCAGCCCAUCACCGAGCUUGUGGGCGAGUCUUACCCGGCUGUCAUGACUGCUGUCUUCUGGCCGCUGACCCCGUUGUCUCGUGGACACAUCCACAUCCAGUCGACCAACUAUACCGAUGCGCCCCGUAUCACUCCCCGGUUCCUGACCGAUGAGUUCGAUGUCGACACUGCCGUGACGAUCUCGAAGCGCGCACGCGCCAUGUACGAGUCGGCGGCUUUCGCGCCCAUCAUCGCUUCGGCCGUUGUUGACGCCGUUGCUGCUAACGCGACCGAUGCCGAAUGGGCUGAGUGGUACAAGGGCAGCUCGUUCGGUGCCUCGCACUGGCUCGGCUCCUCGUCGAUGCGCCCGCGUGAAUCCGGAGGUGUCGUCUCUCCCGAGCUCGAGGUCUAUGGCACGGACAACCUCCGCGUCGUCGAUGCGAGCAUCCUGCCCUUCCAGAUCACGUCGCACACCAUGCCCGCCGUCUACGCCAUCAGCCAGAAGGCCGUGGACCUGAUCCUCGCGUGAGCGCCGCCGCCAACACCCACCCGGCUCCCUUCGUCCCACCCUUCCUUCUCGUCACUCGUUCCAUCAUCGUACAGCAGCACCAGGCAUCCCCAGUCGGCGUCGUUUUUCCGACGGGCGAUGCCGCGUGCCUUUCUCUCUCCGUUCCCGUGUAUGUUCUGGGCGGCUGCCCGUGUGGCAUAAUAGUUAGGUCCAGGACGCGCGUCCUGGUUUUGUAGAUAAAAGUUGUCAAUUCUAGAGCACACAAUCAUACCGUUCGUUCGUCGUGUAGUAAA